AUGCGGGCUUUUAUGGUAUUUCCACCGAAAGGCAAAGAACUAGAUCCCGGUAUCAGAUUCUUUUUAAAAUUUUUGUUCAUUUCUGUUAUUUCCUGUUUGCCAUUGCUGAGUAGUAUUUUACAUUUAGUAAAGACUAUCCAAAGCAAAGAAAAUAAUCGUAUUGAACUUGAUGUUAAUUAUGCUGUAUCGUUCACCACGACUUACGCUUUGGUAUGGGCUUAUCUUGUUAAAAUUAAGUCAGUAUCCGCUAUGUAUACAUAUAUGUCCGACUUUGAAACAUUCGGAAAGCCCAUAGAUUUUGAUAGAGACAACGCGGAUUUUAAUAAAUAUGCCAAAAUGCAUUUUGUUUACUUGGAGUCUUUAAUAUGGAUAAUUAUUUUUACUUCAAAUCUAUUUAAGAAGGAAACCUGCCAGCUAGAAAACCAAGCUCGUAAUAUGACAGAAGUGUGUGGGUUAUUUACAUAUACAUGGACACCUUUUAAUAUUGAUUUCUUUCCUGCUAGGGAAAUAUAUAUGCUUGUUCAGGUUUUUGGAGUUCAUCACUUAUAUAUGGUUGCCGGAUUAAUGGCUUGGCUAGUUUUUGAAACCACCCAACACAUUGUUGUAAGAAUUAGACAUGUAAAGCAUGUAAUCAUUGAGGCAUUAGCUGAGAAAGAUCCCCUGGUUAGAAGAGACCGAUUUCGAGUUGCUGUACAAUAUCACAAUUCUCUUUUUGGUUUGGAAUACAAAGCAAACGAUGCUUUCAGUAUAUUUAUGUUUACUCAUAUGGUAUUAACUGCUGCGGUGUUAGGAACUGGAAUAUACUCUUUAUUACAUAGCUUAGAAUUAGCAGUGGCUGUGUACGAGGCUCCUUGGUACACUUACGAAGUCGAUUUACAAAUGGAUGUGAUGUUUGUUUUAAAGAAGUGUCAGACUAGUUUACAGUUACGUGCUGCCUCCUUUGGUGUAAUGGAUAGAGCGAUGUUUCUAGGGUUUAUGAUACUCGGUGCCGUAAUUGGAUCUACUGCAUUUCGUGGACAGGAAUGUGAACAAUUGAAUGAAGAAAGACAUACUGAUGAAGUUUGUGGACUUUUUGCUUACACCUGGAUGCCAUUUAAUAUAAAUUUUUUCCCCGCCAAACAAAUUUUUACGGUUGUUCAGGGUGAAUUAUUGGCUAAAUCUCUGUUUCAAACCAACUGGGUCAAUUGUGAGGAGGAUCUUAAAAAAGACUUUUUAUUUGUAAUAAUGAGAUGCCAACGACCGUCCGUUUUGAAAGCAGCUUCAUUUGGAGUUAUGGACCUUCCUAUGUUUUUAGGUGUUCUGAAGGUUUCAUAUUCUUAUAUAACGCUAAUGUCAAAUAAUAACUAA